GCCCCUCGCCGCCUUAUUCUCGAGCUGACGUGCCAUCUAUUCACCUGAAUCAUCCUGAAUUCGUUUAUUAUUAUCAUUAUCAUCAUUAUUAUUGCCAACCAUCCCAGACGUCACCAUGGCUGCCCCUCCAGAGACGACCAUCCAAAACCUGAAUGGCCAGUUCAUCCUGAACAAGACCCUCUCCAAUGACACCGACCCCAUUCUUGCUCUGCAAGGCAUUAGCUGGGUAACCCGCACAGCCAUCGCCUACGCAACCGUCACUCUCGACAUCAGCGAAUUCGUCGAGCCAAACGCCGACGACCCCGCGCACGCGCCCGUCACCAAAGUUGACAUUCUGCAAACCGCCACAGGCGGCAUCCAGUCCCAAGAGAAACGCACCGCCGACUGGCGGCCCCGCGACCAUGAGGACCGCAUUUUUGGUGCGGUUAGCGGUCAAACCCGUCUGAUUCGUGGAUCGAAGGCGGCCGAUGGGAAGGUGCGUCCGGACAUCGAGGUGCAGACCGAGCCCAAGGAGGAGAAGAUUGCCAAGUUUUUGCGAGGAGAGACUCUCGUCGAUGGUGAGGCUGCGGAGGGCUUCGACGUUGAAGUGGUUCAGGAUAAGGAAGGAGUGUCGUACGGGGAAGGCGAGGGGCUGUGGUUGCAGAGCUGGGUGAGGAGUGAGAGUGCUAAAUGGACUGCUGAGCAGAUCUGGGGCUUUGAAACCAUCGACGGCCUGCGCUACUAUACUCGCCGCGUUGCUGUUGCGAGCGAGGACGGCAAUUACCUGCUUGCAAGACUAGUCUAUGAUUACCAGGGCCCAGUCCCCGCUCCUGAAGCCUAGACUGGCGUAUUACUAGGAUGAAUGUGUAGAACGCAGGUGGGAUGGAUGACUUAGAUUACUUUGCUAUUAGUAGACAGAAACUGACUAUUGUUUACAACCAAGAU